AUGUCUUAUCUAGAAGACAUGCCUGUGUCCGGUUCCUCAGUGUUGGAGGGAUUAAGAGAUACUCCAGCCUCAGUCAUUCAGAAACGCUCCAGUGAAGAGUUCCAGAUUAACGCUACCAACAAAGUGCGAAAAAUACUGAUUAAAUCAGUCAGUAGCUUUCCCAGCAAAGUCAGUUCCAGCCAGAAAGAUUCUCAGAUGUUGCCAGCAACAUUAACAAUUUUCUCGAGGCAUACCGAUUCAACUGCUUUUGAAAUCGUUGGAUCAAUUACAAACGACAUGAAGAGCCUUUUCCCACGCACAGAGUCUUCUACUACUGUAUGGCAGGCAGACUCUAUGCUUCAACAGACUGAUGAGAAAACCUCAGAGUACACUGAGGCCACACCCGAAGGCUCCCAGUCUGGUGUGGAAGUAUCUGAGAAGAAGAUCUGGACAACUGCAAAGACUAUUUACCACAAUGUGGAAUUAUUUCACAUGGCAAAAGCAAGCCAAAACAACAAAGGCUCAAGCCAAAAAGACCUUCAGACAUAUUCUGGUUUCAAUUCAGAAAGAGCUGUCAAAACCUGACCAAACGGUGACUGCAGGAGAGCUUUCACAAAUAGAGAAUGUGGUUGGAAUGAUAUUGGAGGACGUUGAGAAGGUGAGCAGUGAAUGUGGUGAGGAACUGGUCUAUCAAACACCAGAGCGGUCUUCUUCCUCGUUGUCGUCCUCAUCUGCCAGAUCACUCCCAUCCCUUCUGAAUUACCAGAGAAUACUACUCAGCCCAUUUUGAGAUGCUCAGUCAUCGACAUGGGCAAAUCUACUAAGCCAAAAACAUUGGUGUGUGAUGCCAGGGAAAGCAUGUCUGCAAUAGUGGAUACCAUCAUAAAGGAGGUAUAUUCAGAGGAAGAAGGGAAGGUUGCAUCCCAACCUGAUCAAAAAGCUGUAAUAACAAGACUAGAGGAGCUCAUAUCUCAGGGUAGGAUUGGUGCUCUCUCCCGUGAUCUUACUCACCAAGUCCACCGCAUCAUUUCUGAGAGCAACUUGACCCCUUUGGUUCUGACAGUGGCGGCUGGAAAGAGUGCAUCCGAUACAGUCUUACGAGCUGAGUCUUUGAAGCGCCUCCUGCUUCCUGCUCUUGUGCCCUCUUUAGUGUCAAUUAGUUGGGCUCUGGGAGUCAGUGUGACGGCUAGUGUAUCUGAAGAUAGGAUUUCAUGCUCUUUGUCUACAUCAGCAUUUACAUUUUUACAUUUUAGUCAUUUAGCAGACGCUCUUAUCAGAGCGAUUUACAGUUAGUGAGUGCAUACAUUCUGUCUGUUUACCAAAGUAAUGGUAAGCCAGGUCAUGGACUCUGUGGUUUCUGAUGCACAAAGCAGAGGGUCAUCUCCAACCAGAACUGUAACUGAUAUAGGCAGUUUACUGAGUGGUAAGUCCUCCUCUCUGCCAUCUUUCACCGCCAUCAGCAUGGCAACAAGUGAGACCUCCAAUGCUGCACGAGGCUUUGAGGCCAACAUAGAUGCUGAAGAAAGGGAUACCACCAGUUGUUCCAGUGUAGCUCAGAGCAUUGUUUGUGAUCAGAUGUCAACCAGCCCAGAUGUUGUCAAAGAUGUCUCGCUUUCAGCCCCAUCCUCUGAUAACUUAGGCGGUGAUGAUGACUUCACCGGCCUCAUCAGCAUGUUAGUGGUGGGACUUCUGUCAAAAAUCCAAACCCAAACUGAUCUGUACCCAUUUGACAUCACACGCACGUCACAAAACCUGAUUCCAAAAGUUAUAGCUGCCUUCUGUGCAUGGUCAGGAUGCUCUGAGAACCAAGCUUAUCCGAGAACUUGAGGAUUCAUAAAGUAUACAGCACCAUCUACAAACAUCUGUUGAAGGAGUUUGGCUCAGAGAAGAUCCUCCAACUGGCCGUGUCAACUCAGGACUCUACAUUCAAUAAGAUUCUUGUGAAGUCAUUGAGCAAGGAGCUUCUCCACAGUUGUAACUAGGCAUCAAGGGCAGCCUCAAGAACAUAUUUUGAAGCCACCUGGCCUGAGGUUCUUCCCAUGGAUGAGGAUGUGAAGGCUACCAGAGGGAAGCUGUCUUUCCUACAAAGGCUUACCAGGCUGAAAUUAGACUUAAAGGUACACCAAACUUAUUUAAAUUUACAAUUGUGUCAAUGUGAGUAAACAAUGCUAUUUGCGAGAAAAUGUAAAACCAUCCAUUAAUUCUAAAACCAUUUAUAAGUAUUGUUGUGCUGGUGUGUAAGAUGUGAUUGUUAUUACCAUGAGGUUGUUCCGCUGUGACUGUUGUUUUGACAUGUCUUCCUUAGCCAUUUAAGAUGGGUAACAAGAAGGAUUCCAAGAAGAAUUCCCGCCACUCUGAAUACAAAGACCAGACUACUGCUGAAGAUAGCAUGUGUAAGUCCAUGUUUGAAAUAUUGGUGUAAUAAAUAUUAAACCCUAUAUACAUUAUAUAUUAUCGAUAGUGAUCUCUUAUGUAAAAUGAGUUCUAGUUUCCAAACCUCAAGAUCAUGGUUCUCAUUUAUUUGUGGACGUUAUGUUGAGUUGAAACUGAGAAUACAAUAUAACAUAAUUUCUAAAUUAAAGUGCAUGUCAACUCUCUCUCUUCUGUAGUGCCCAGAAUAGUGGCACAUGCUACCCAGUCUGGACUCCCAGAGGAUCUUCCCUCCACCUCUCAACAGGAGAAGCCUCGCAAACGUCCCUUCUAA